UCCCAAGUUAUUACACGAAUAUUUCAUGCGUCUCGCCGAUCAAUUUUUCCGACACCUUCGAGUUUCGUUUCCGUAUUAAGUGCGCGUAUUUUACCUCGAUGCAAUUUGUCCGAUAAUUCUCUAAAGAUAGAAAACAUAAAAAAUGAAAAACAAUGUAAUAAUGAAAAAAAGAGAGGAAAUGGCUACAAGAGUCAAGUAACACGAUCGGCUCUAUCGUCAGUUCUUUUAAAACCUUCGAAGCAAAUGGAAUAUCCAGAAGAGAAUUAUUAUAAACUGAACCGUUUUCUUCUAUCGGCUUGCGGACUAGAGCCUUACCAAAGCAAGUGGAAUGCUCGUUUAAUAAGAGCCCUUAUCACGGGCGUCCUGAUGUUGUCUGCAAUUUUUCAGAUCUUGUGCUGGUUUACAAUUGAAUUUACCACAUAUGAAUUUAUAGUGAAUGGGGUGCCAACGCUUUUAAUUAAAUUGGGUAUCCUAAACAGCUUGCAUUUACGUAUCGGAAAUGUAGACAAAGUUAAAAUAUUAUUCGACCGCAUAUCAAAAGACUGGGCAUUGCAAAAGACACAUAGUGAGAUCAAGAUUAUGCGCGAACAUGCUGAGUUCUCAAAACUAUUCACAUUCUAUUGCACGAUCUUGUCGUAUAUAGCCAUGAUGGGAUAUUGCAUAUGGUUGUGCACACCAGAAAUUCUCAACGUUUUAAUGCCUAUGAACGAAUCUCGACCGCGGAGGACACCUUUUAAAGAUGAAUUCUUUUUAGAUGAAGAACGAUACGUUAUACUCAUUCGUUCCUACACGUGCUUUGUACUUCUAACCAUACCUAUAAUUUUCAUUACGGGUUUCACUUUAUUUAUGACUCUCACACAACACGUUUGCGGAAUGUGCAAGUUAUUGGGGUCUCGCGCAGAACGCUUAUUUCUCGUUAUUGAAGACAGAACGGAAUGCGAUUUAAUUCAGGAUUUACAAAUAAGAAACAAGAACAUGAUCGCUUUUAUACAGCAGCAUUACAACAUUAUACAAUUCGUUGAUAUAAUUGAAACUUAUCACACAACACUGAUUUUAUCGGAUCUCACAGGAAUGAUGAUUAUGUUGAGUCUUACGUUAAUCCAGAUAUUAACUAUUUCUGAUAUCGAAGGAGCUAUUAGAUCUAUUAGUAUCUCUGUUGCAUCACUAUGUUAUUUAUUCGUAUGUUGUUACAUGGGACAAAAGAUAACGGAUGAAAGUUUGAGCGUAUAUGAGAAAAUAUACAAUUCUACGUGGUACAAUGCAGUUGUUUCAGAGCAAAAGAUACUGUUAAUGAUACUGAUACAACGCUAUCACCCGUUGGUCAUCACCGCCAGUAAAUUUUAUACAAUGUCUUUACAGAAUUUUGGAAAGAUACUUCAAACAUCGCUCUCCUACUGCAUGUUUGUCAGACAAAUCUGAAAAAGUUUCUAUCAAGUGGCAAGUGUAGAAGUUACGUAGAAAAAUCGCAAGAAUGUUAGAUUGGUGGAUUGGUCUCGAUUUUACGAUAACAAAAUUGUUCUCUGUAAAAAUACAAAUCUGUUGGUGCGGUUUACAGAGUAAGAAGAUAAUUAUGAUAAUAAAUAUCUGUCUGCUUCUGUAUAUUUAUAUGUAGCGUUGCCUAGAAAGUCUUCUUUUUCACAGUAAUUGUAAAUAAAAUAUUAUCAGAAUUAACUGUUAAGAUUAAAAA